GUAGUGAAUUGGAUGACAGCGUACGAGCGCAAGAAGGUUGACAAGAUAACAUAGGAUGAAAAAGGAGAAAUCCUGAUUCAUCAAAAUCAUUUUUCAUUUUUUGGAAUACAAGUCUGUCGGCUUGACGCUUCUAUUUUGGAGUGUGGCGGUAUACUGUAGCCUUCACGUAUCGGUUAUUAUUCUUUAGCCUAUUUAAUUGCGGGGCCCUGUGCCAUAAUAAUGGCUCGACAGUAGCCUUGGACAAUGUGUUCAAAACGUCGGAUGUGUCUUUAAACCGAGGAGAUCCCGUUAGAAUAUGAUUUUAACCUUCCAAUAUAUACGAUAUAUAUGUGAUUCCCAUCAAAAUAAUAAUGCGCUCUUCCGUGCGGAUCCAUUCGAAAUCUGGGCGAUUGUAAUUGUAUAGCGCAUCUCUACAUCCUUAUCUGGAUCUCUGUCCUAUUGGUGCGAUGGCCUUCUCUCUUCUGGCUAUCCUGAUAUUAUCUCUCCACGCUCUCCCAUCCAUUGGCUGUCCAGUGGGAUGUCGCUGCUACAGCCUGACUGUAGAGUGUGGCUCUAUGGGCCUCCGGGACAUCCCCUCACACGUCCCAGCUUCUACACAGACCAUCUUCCUUCAGGACAAUGCUAUCGGGCAGAUCCGUCUGUCAGACCUCUCCCAGCUGGGCCGUCUGCACUACCUGUAUCUGCAGAACAACAGUAUCUCAGCACUGGAGCCCGGGGCCUUCCAGAGCCAGGGUCAGCUUCUGGAGCUGGCCCUCAACGGGAACCGCAUCCACCUGGUCACAGCAGACAUGUUCAGGGGCCUGGAGCACCUCCGCAUCCUCUACCUGGCAGGAAAUGACAUCACUCGCCUACAGGACUAUACCUUCAGAGGCCUACAGCGUCUUCAAGAGCUUCACCUGCAGCAGAAUAGCAUUGAGAUUCUGGGAGACCAAGCUCUAGUUGGUCUGUCCUCUCUGGCCCUGCUUGACCUCAGCCGGAAUAACCUGCACACCAUUGGCCCUGCCACCCUGCGGCCCCUCGUCAGCCUGCAGGUGCUGCGUGUCACAGACAAUCCUUGGCGUUGCGACUGUGCCCUGCACUGGCUGCGCAGCUGGAUCGAUGAGGAGGGCCAGCGCCUGCUGAGCUCGGCCGAGCGGCGCCUUGUCUGUUCUGAGCCACCCCGCCUCUCCCACCUCAGCCUGGUGGAGGUGCCUCUUAACAGCCUGGUGUGCAUCCCCCCUCUGGUUCAGCUGGAACCCCGCCGCCUGGCCGUGCGCCUGGGGGAGAGCAUGCGCGUCUCCUGCCAUGCAUCUGGUUACCCCCGGCCGCAGGUCACCUGGAGGAAGGCUUCCCAGGGUAAGGUCCAGCUCUCCCCUCGGGGGCUGGUGCAGGACCUGGGCGGUGUAGGGACUGUGGGGGCUGAAGAUGCAAUACAUCCAGCUGCAGGACGGGUGAGACUCCAGAAGGAGGAUGGGGAGCGCUUCGAUCCAGACACUGGCAGUGGGAUGCUGUUCCUUAGCAACGUGACAGUGGCUCACGCCGGGCUGUAUGAGUGCGAAGCCUGGAAUGCUGGAGGGGUGGCCCGUGUGACCUUUCAGCUCGCAAUCAACUCUUCGUCCUCGUCCAGUUGGUCCCCUGCCUCCUACGCUCCAUCCUGGCCUCGUCUGCGCUCCAAUCGGCCGACGUCGUCAGACGUGAGUCGAGAGCCCUUGUACGCCCUUGGCAGCAUGGCCUUCAGCGCACUGGGAGCUGCUACUCAGACUGCCAUUGCCAUAGGGAUCUCCCUGCUGGCCCUCACAGCUCUUCUCCUGGUGGCCAUGAUCUACAGCCGACAACGCCAUCGGCAGAAGGACACAGAUGACAAGGAGGAAAGCAUCCUGUAUGUCAAUGAUUACUCGGACGGACCAACAACCUUUGCCCAGCUGGAGGAGUAUCGGGAUGAGCGCGGGCACGAGAUGUAUGUUCUGAACCGGGCUAAACCCGUCCUCCCACCUUCCACCACAUCCACUACCACCACUCUGGGGUACCAACAGCAGGAAGCACUGUCUCCCACAAAGCCCCAGAUAGAGCCGGAUAUACGGACAAUGAGAAGGAUGGCAGGGGAGGGCGGGGAGGCAGAGCCGGUGACAGCCGAGUCGGAGGGCUUGUUUCUGAAUCACACAGGCUUGUUCCUCGACUCACAAAUUGCAUAUGAGAUCCACUGCUGAAGGCCCCAAGGACGACGUUCACAAUGAGCUAGUCCAGAGUGCUUAAUGUCACUUGGUGACCAAACCUCCAGACUGCAAUGAGGGUUCAGAUGAAUCAUACAUCCUGAUUGCUCUUGCUCCAGAGUGACAAGUUUGAGCAGCAGUACGAUAUAAAGACAUGGCAGGAGACAUGCCUCCUUCAACCAAAACCCUCACUGUACUAUACUUUACUGUGAUAUGAGAAAAUUAGUCCUUUGUCCAGCUUGAACAUAUACUGUAGCUACUAUAGUAAGUAUGGAGAACCAUUUCAGUGGACUGAGUAAUGUAUGGUGGAGAGACCCUUAUUAUGACACUUCUGCUGUUUAUAAAAAGUAAACUGAAAUAAGGGCCUAAACAGGCUCACCUGGUUGGACUCUGAGAUGUUUAGAAAUGUAAGAGGAAGGUGUAUCAUAAGGCUAUAAGAAAGGAGUACUUUGUGGCAGAAUACUGCUGACCAACCCGGAUCCCUCCAUCCUACAACAAGUUACUUCCAAAGAUUUCAUCAAUCAAACAACGGUAUACAGUCAGUAAAACAGGCUCUCUCCCCUUCAGGUUCAGUUAAUUUCAUUAUGUUGGUGACUAUAUGCACACAUGCAUGAAUUGAAGAUAAGGAGAUGUAUUACAUUUACAGGCAGUACCAUAAAUCAGUCAUCUCCUUUAACUUUAAAAUAAUACUUUUUGAAAUAUAUGAAAGUACUGUAGGGCUUAGCUUUAUGGGAAUAUUUUUGUCGCUUGUACCUCAACAUGUUUUUUAGUUUACCAAACAAGGUAAACCUAAUGUGAUUCAAUGUGUGUGUUUUUCUCAUGAUCAAGUGUUUCAAUAGCCUUUAGCUUACUGUGUUUGCAGUAUACCUCAGCAUAUGUAUUGGUUUCAAUGGAAUCUGGUAAAAUGUCUGUGGUCCAGCACAAGAUUACAGUAGGUUUUGGUGUGUGACAUAUGCUGCAUACAUAUUUGCAGUGCAUUGCUGUAUGGCACUCAGUUGGGACUAUUUUCUGAAAUUCCACCAGGAACUACCAAAUCCACAACAAUAUUAGCCUUCAUUCAAACUGUGUUUUUGCCAUUCAGAUGUUGAAAAGUAUUUGUUUGAAAGAGGAAGUGCAGUGGACCCCAGCGCAAGCUUCCCCCAACAGCUGUAGGCUACAGGGAAAGAGUCUGGUAUCCCAUUGGAUGCUGGACAUUGUUGUGUUUGAGGCGGAACAGUGAUAAAAGCAAUACAGUCUAGAAUUAAAACACUGUAUUGUCCUACCCAGAUUGUCACUGUAAAACUGCAUUCCAAGUUUUUAGUUUAAUUUCAGAUAUUUUGAAUACUUUUAUUUGAAAAUGAUUUAUUUAUGGUUUGUAUUGACAUACAGUUGAAGUCGGAAGUUUACAUACACUUAGGUUGGAGUCAUUAAAACUUGUUUUUCAAGCACUCCACAAAUAUCUUGUUAACAAACUAUAGUUUUGGGAAGUCGGUGAGGACAUCUACUUUGUGCAUGACACAAGUAAUUUUUCUAACAGUUGUUUACAGACAGAUUAUUUCACUUAUAAUUCACUGUAUCACAAUUUCAGUGCGUCAGAAGUUUACAUACACUAAGUUGACUGUGCCUUUAAACAGCUGGGACAUUUCCAGAAAAUGAUGUCAUGGAUUUAGAAACUUCUGAUAGGCUAAUUGACAUCAUUCGAGUCAAUUGGAGGUGUACCUGUGGAUAUAUUGCAAGGCUUACCUUCGAAACUCAGUGCCUGUUUGCUUGACAUCAUGGGAAAAUCAAAAGAAAUCAGCCAAGACCUCAGAAAAAAACUGUAGACCUCCUCAAGUCUGGUUCAUCCUUGGGAGCAAUUUCCAAACACCUGAAGGUACCAUGUUAAUCUGUACAAACAAUAGUACGCAAGUAUAAACACCAUGGGACCACGCAGCCGUCAUACCUCUCAGGAAGGAGACACAUUUUGUCUCCUAGAGAUAAACGUACUUUGGUACGAAAACUGCAAAUCAAUCCCAGAACAACAGCAAAGGACCUUGUGAAGAUGCUGGAGGAAACAGGUACAAAAGUAUUUAUAUCCACAAUAAAACGAGUCCUAUAUCGACAUAACCUGAAAGGCCACUCAACAAGGAAGAAGCCACUGCUCCAAAACCGCCAUAAAAAAGCCAGACUAUGGUUUGCAACUGCACAUGGGGACAAAGAUCGUAUUUUUUGGAGAAAUGUCCUCUGGUCCGAUGAAACAAAAAUAGAACUGUUUGGCCAUAAUGAACAUCAUUAUGUUCAGAGGAAAAAGGGGGAGGCUUGCAAGCCGAAGAACACAGUGGCAGCAUCAUGUUGUGGGGUUGCUUUGCUUCAGGAGGGACUGGUGCACUUCACAAAAUAGAUGGCAUCAUGAGGCAGGACAAUUAUGUGGAUAUAUUGAAGCAACAUCUCAAGACAUCAGUCAGGAAGUUAAAGCUUGGUCGCAAAUGGGUCUUCCAAAUGGACAAUGACCCCAAGCAUACUUCCAAAGUUGUGGCAAAAUGGCUUAAGGACAACAAAGUCAAGGUAUUGGAGUGGCCAUCACAAAGCCCUGACCUCAAUCCUAUAGAAAAUGUGUUGGCAGAACUGAAAAAGCACGUGCGAGCAAGGAGGACUACAAACCUGACUCAGUUACACCAGCUCUGUCAGGAGGAAUGGGCCGAAAUUCACCCAACUUAUUGUGGGAAGCUUGUGGAAGGCUACCCAAAGCAUUUGACCCAAGUUAAACAAUUUAAAGGCAAUGCUACUAAUUGAGUGUAUGUAAACUUCUGACCCACUGGGAAUGUGAUGAAAGAAAUAAAAGCUGAAACAAAUCAUUCUCUCUACUAUUAUUCUGAAAUUUCACAUUCUUAUAAUAAAGUGGUGAUCAUAACUGACCUAAGACAGGGAAUUUAAUUGACAGGGAAUUUAAAUGUCAGGAAAUGUGAAAAACUGAGUUUAAAUGUAUUUGGCUAAGGUCUAUGUUAACUUCCGACUUCAAUUGUAUGUUCUAUUCCAUGUCCAAAUAAAUAUGGUUACUGUU